GUUUUAUCUGUCAACAUGUAAAAUGUCAUCUUCUCCAGUAGGAAAGAAAAGAGUUUUUUGUUCAUCAAGAUAUGAACAUAAACUCAAGAAAAUGAGACACGCUUCUAAAAGCUCUUGCACGACUUGUUCUAAAAUUGAUAAACCAAAAAAUCACGAAACAUAUGUAUCUAGUUGGACAAUGGAAAAUGCCGAGGCUCUUGGGUUGUUUUACGAUAAAAACAUAUGUGAUAUUUCUUAUUUCUAUGAAAUUUUUAGUGCAUACAAAGGAAGAAAUAGGUAUGGAUUUAUUUACCCAUUGGAGGGUGCAUCAAAGACAUUGAUAGAUUCUUUAGUGGACCAGAUCAAUGGAAUGAUAAAUAAACAUGGCGUAGAGAUGGCAACAGGCUGGGACUGGACAGUCGCUGCAGAUUGGCCUUUUGUGUGGAGGAAAUGCUGUGAUGCCAUAAAGAUUCUGAGUGAGACAUGCAGGCCCACGGUUUCUGAUGGAGAACACAUCAGGAGUUACGCUGGAUUAAUCAGUUUCUACAGGACACUAAAGGAGCAUGUGCAGGAAGAGAUGUGGAGAAGUAACAGUUACACACCUUCAGAGAUUCCAAAAGAAGCCUACUCAGAGUUGUUUUCAAAAUUCCUUGAAAUAUUUUUGUUGUUACCAAGGAGAGGAGGAUUUCGGAAAUCAGUCAUGAUGAUCAAAGACUCUACAUUGACCAGCACACCAGAUCUACACCUGACACUCCCCACAUACUCUGCUCCCUCACUCUUUGUUAUAAAUGUUGUAAAGGCCAAGAUAUGCUCCCUUUCUGAUUGUGAAAUGUUUGAUAUUCACCAGGCAGUAGACAAUGUCAUUCUUGGUCAGCAUGCUGGAGAACUGCUGCUGGAAUUUCAGCACUCCUGUUUCCGAGAUUUACAGGCUGUCUUUGGGAUUCUCUGCAUCAAAACUUCAGUCAUUUUCACCUGUCUGAAGAUCUCUACAGAGCAUUACAAAUACAUAAAGGACUAUGGAGAAGAUGUGGUGCUGAAGGAAAUGGAUGUUGAUAGCAGCUCUGAUUUAGUGGAAAACUCUAGUUUAGAGGAAGAGAAUGAAUAUGCUGUCAAGUUUUGUAAUACCAAAGAUGCGAAAUUGUCAAGGUUCGAAAAAACAACUGACAAAAAACAUUCAAAUAAGAGUGGAAGAAUUUUUUAUACAAAACCAUUUAAUUAUCUUGUUUCUUCAGAUAGAAGAGAGAUAAUGGAAUUCUUAUUCUGGAUUGGAAUUAAUUGUGAGAGAGUUGCUGUGUCUAAAGUAUGAAUUUAUUUUGUGCUAUGAAAGUUGGAGUCAUUGUGUCCAUGUAAAACCAGGUAUCUGAUACUGCUAAAUUUGCUUCAUUUUCAAUUGAUUUCAUUCCAUUCUUAAUUACCAUUGUUGAAAAAUAUCUCAACACAUAAUUACCUUGCUCACAUACAUUUCCAAACUUCAGAAACUGUGAAAAAGUUGUUGUGUUUAAAGCAUGAAUUCAUUUUGUUUAUUUAGUGAAGGAGACUGUGUCAGUGUAAUAUAUUUCCAGGGAUCUGUUACUGUUAAUUUUGCUUCAUUUCCAUUUCAUUGUUCAAUAAAAACACAUCAAACAUU